AUGGUCGAUCGUCUUCAACGUGAUAUACAGCUUUUACUUCAUCAUUUUGCUCCUGUUAAUAUUUUUACUAUGCAAAAUCUCAAAGAAACAAGCUUACAAAAUAUCAAUAAAGAACAAGCUACAUAUAUGUGGUUUCAAUUGCUCAUUGAAACAUUGUUAAAAUUACCACAUACAUCUCAAGCUAAUCGUGAACUUAUCGAAGAAUGCAUGGAACGCUAUUGUAAUAAUGAUGUCGAGAAACGAAAAAUUGAGCAAUUCGAUGCUGAACAUACAAAUGAAAACGUCAUUCAAUGCUGUAAUGCUCAUGAAGGUGAAAUACUCUUUGAUGUCGGUAGUACAUUUCGCAUAUAUGAUGUAUACGAAUAUACGAAUGAUUUAUGGUAUGUUAGUCUGACAUUACUCGACAUAAAUAGUCCCUCGGCAGGAAUUGAUACAAAAUUAUACGAUUACCUUGCUAAACAUAGUUUUGACAAAAAUGAACCACUUUUUGUAUUAUGCAUUUUUCUUGAGCAAAUGGGUGAAUUUGAACGAUCGAAACAAUUUUGCCAUUUACUGUUGCGUGAUCUACCUGAAGGACACGAAUUAAUUGCAGUCCAGAGUCACCUCGCUGUGAUUGAAUAUGAGUUAGGUCACCUUCAUGAUGCUAAAAGUAUUUGCGAACAAACAUUAUCCAUGCAUUUAGAGCUAGACCAACGUAAUGGUGAGACAACAAUAUCAAGACCACUCAGUCAUCUUCAUUGUCAUUUUGGUCUAAUCCUCAGCGAGCUUGGAGACUACAAAGGAGCUAUAUAUCAUUAUCAACAAGCUAUAUCGCUCAAUGAAAUAGUGUUGAGUAGAGAUCACGUUGAUCUUGCGAUUGAUUUUAACAACUUAGGUUUGGCAUAUAAAGAUCUAGGUAAUAUCAAAGAAGCUUUGUAUUGGUUAGAGGAACGAGCACUGAAAUUGCAAUUGUCGAAACUUCCUGACAAUCAUCCCGAUUUGGCUGUCACCUACUCAAAUAUUGGUGAAACGUACUGUGAAAAUGGCAACUAUAGAAAAGCCCAUGAAAAUUAUGAACGCGUUCUAGCAAUCGAGAAAGUUGCGUUAUCUCCACUGCAUCCAUCCACAGUCACGACUUUUAGUAAUUUAGGUGUUAUGUGUGAGAAAAUCGGUGACUAUGAUGCUGCACUGGCUUAUCAUCGACAAGCACUCGAAGUUCUAUUACAUUCGCGUACACUUGAUCAUAUUUACUUCGCAACCACAUACAAUAAUAUGGCAGCUGUUUUUGAUUGGCGAGGGGAUUUUGAUGAAGCAUUAUAUCACUACGAUAAAGCACUAGAAUAUUUACUGACCAGUGUCGGUACAGAUAAUCAUCCGGAUAUCGCCUCAUGUUACAACAAUAUUGGUAUGAUUCAUUUUCAAAGAAAAGGUUAUAAAAAAGCUUUGGAAUUUUUCGAAAAGACUCAAAAGAUCGAAGAGUGUCUGUUGGAACGAAAUCAUUACUCUCUAGCGACUACCUACAAUAAUUUGGGAAUGGUAUUCGCAGCUCAAGGGAAAUUAAUAGAGGCAAUGCAAUACCAUCGACGCGCAUUAGCAAUACGACAACGUGCUUUAUCGAAGACUCAUCCAGAACUAGCUGCAUCCUAUGAUAAUCUCGGUGUUGUAUACUAUAAAAAAGGUCAUUAUAAAACAGCAAUUGACUUUCAUCAGCGUGCUUUAUCGAUUCAAAAUAUAACUUUGCCACAUAAUCAUCCAUCAACAGCAAUUACGAAAGAGCAUUUGGGUGAUGUUUAUUUUCGUUUAGAUAAUUACCGAGCAGCACUUAAGUUUUACACAGAUGCAUUAAACAUGGCACAAACUCGUUUACCAGCCUCUCAUCCUUCAAUUAAACAAUAUAGUGCUAAGAUGAAUCAAGCGAAAGCAAAAUUAGCCAAAAAUAAAUGUGGAAACCUCGGAUUUAAAUCCGAGAGUUAUGUGUACUUCAAAAAUAUUCCAAAUCUUCUAUCUCUAAAUGAAGAUGAUUUACCCACAAUACCAUCAUUAAAAAUACUUGAUCUGCAAAUUUUUACAGAAUUUGAUAUUCAUUCACUUCAUCAUAUUCUUCAUUGUAUUCCUAAUCUUCAAGACUUUAGUUUUACAUUGAUCAAUGAAUAUCUUGAUACACCAUUUAUUGAUGACUUGCUCGAUGGAAAUAAUUGGCAACAAAUAUUAACAAGACAUGUAUCAAAUUUGAACAAAUUCAAUUUUCAUAUGUCUUUUUUAACAGAUGAAGGAUUAUUCGAUUUAAACUUGGUUCUUAACUCGUUUCGAUGUUUUCUCACACGAUAUGAUAAUUGGCAUAUGGCUAUCAGUCGAUGGGAAAUCUUUGAAGAAUUCAUACCCUUUUUUAUGGAUUCUUAUAGAAAUGAAUCACAUGAAUAUGUUGACAAUCUUUCAUCUCUUAUUGAUUUAUCAACCAUUGUGACUUUGAAAUUUGAACAAAGUAAUGAUUUAAGACGAUCACAUGUUGUACCGUAUAUUUUACGGUAA